AUGAUUAAGCUCAGCAGGAACUCAAAGACCAGGGACUCCAUAACUUCAGGCAGGCAGGGAGGGACAGGAUUGUUGCAGCUCAGUCUUUACCAUGGCACCGUCCAGCAUGAGCUGCUCCACGCUCUGGGAUUCAACCAUGAACAGACCCGCUCUGACAGGGACAACCACAUCAGAGUCCUGCUGCAAAACGUCCAGUCUGGAAUGGAGCACAACUUCAGGAAGAUUGCCACUCUCAACCAGGGCACUCCCUACGAUUACAACUCUGUCAUGCAGUACCACAGGUACGCCUUCUCCAAGAACAACCAGCCCACCAUGGUUCCCAUCCCUAACUCCAACGUUAGCUUUGGUAACGCUGAGGAGAUGAGCAGAAAUGACAUUGCCAGGCUCAACACACUCUACAAGUGCUGUGAGUGUCCUCCUGAGCACAUUAAGAAUAUAACACACAGAGGACGCCUGUUCAGAUGUGAUGAGGAGAUCAUCUCGUCCUCACUGCACAACAGAAGCUGA